UCAGAAGAAGAGUAACGUUAGUAACAAAUCAACAAUAAUCGGGGUGUGUGUUUAAAUAUAACGCUUUGCAGUAGUAUAAAGACAUGAAGAAAAGGUUUCACAUCAACUUGGACGAUUCUGCUUUCACCAAAGAAAGACCGCCGCCAAAGGCGCAGUUUGCAUGCAGAGGACAGCAGGACCACUCAGCCUCAGAGCCUGUUUCCAAGUGUGCAGAAAAGCCGCUGUCCUAUGCUGAAUAUGUCGUCCAGAAUAAAAGCAAUGGGGCUGCUGUUGCACACACGGAUGCCCCCUCCAAAGUGGUCAGGACUGAAGGGACAGGAGUCAGCAGUCUGGGAGAAGGACGGCGAGAGCCAGCUCCCACCCCGAGCACUGAAAGUGCCCAGGAGUGUGUUACUGCAGCCCGGCCUGGAGAGGCUCAGGGGAGCGAGGGGACAACGCUGGCUGACCUGAGCUGUCAAAGGUCAGAUCCCAGCCUCGGCCAGGGACCUAAACCAGCAGGCUCUGGGAGCUCUAUUAUUGUUAGUCCUCGACAGAAGGGAAAUCCAAUACUGAAAUUCGUCAGAAGUGUGCCAUGGGAGUUUGGAGAUAUUGUGCCAGACUAUGUCUUGGGUCAGACAAACUGCGCACUCUUCCUCAGUCUAAGGUAUCACAACCUCAACCCAAACUACAUUCAUGACCGCUUGAAGCAGCUUGGAAACACAUUCACCCUACGUGUGCUUUUGGUUCAAGUAGAUGUGAAAGAUCCUCAUCAUGCUUUGAAGGAACUGGCUCGUAUCUGCAUCAUGGCUGACUGCACUCUCAUCUUGGCCUGGAGCCCCGAAGAAGCAGGACGCUACUUGGAAACAUAUAAAUCAUAUGAAAAGAAACCAGCUGACCUUUUAAAAGAGCAAGUUGAAAAAGACUAUCUGUCAAAGAUUACAGAUUGCCUGACCACUGUGAAGUCUAUAAACAAAACUGAUGCCAUUACGUUGCUUUCCACUUUUUCUUCUGUAGAGGGAAUCAUCAGUGCUUCUAAGGAAGAACUAGUUCUCUGCCCAGGCCUUGGACCGCAAAAGGCGAGACGGCUCCAUGACGUCCUUCACAAGCCAUUUCUCAAGUCAAAGACAAAAGACAGCUGAGAUGUCUUACCAAGGAUGUAUGACAUGCUUCUGGGAAGAAGUAUAUAAUGUUGGUCAUUUUGAGCAGUACAGAAACAUGUGAAUUCUAAACUGAAUUUAUAUUUGGAUGAUAUAUAAAAUGUGGUUUCUGACUGACUGGAGAUGUUUGUGAACUGCUGGGGCUCCACACAGACGUCUUCCUGUAGCAGCAUGAUGUGUUGAUGAUGAGUUUGUUUUUGCAUGAAUAAAUAUUUUUUAUAUUUUUAUAUGGUAUAA